UUUUCCACUUGGACCAGCGUAACGUCUCCGAGGAGAGCCUUACAAGACGGCUUCUUGUCGGCUUUCCCAAGAGCCCAUCCAGGAUGCUUCACUCUGAGCUUCGUCUCCGGUGACGGCAAUGCCCCACAUGCAGAGCGCCCGGCGGGCCCCUGGGCCUGCUCCGUGCUUCAGCCGACCUUGGGCUGAGCAGACCCAGGGACACCCCUUAUUCCCGGCUCCGACCUCCUUCCAGCCGGUUUUACAGCCUCAGCCCCCCGAACCGCCUCCUCAGCCACCCUCUGCCUCCGGGGGCCCUACGGGGUGCAGCCAACCCCGCUUUGUGAGCAUAGCCCCUCGUGGCACAUCAACUACGAGCUGUCGGGGUCGUCAGAAUUAUUCCGCCGAGGUGGAGUCCUCCAUCAGCUGCCUGGCCAACAUGCACCUGCGGGCCUCCAACACCUACCUCUCCCUGGCCUUCUAUUUCGACUGCAGCGAGGUGGCCCUGGAGGCCUUGGGCCACUUCUUCCGCGAGUUAGCCCGGGAGAAGCACGAGGGCGCCCAGCGGCUCUUGAAGUUGCAAACCCAGCGCGUCGGCAACGCCCUGUUCCAGGACGUGCAGAAGCCGUCCCACGACAAGUGGGGCAAAGCCCUGGACGCCAUGGAAACUGCUGUGGUCCUGGAGAAGAACCUGAACGAGGCCCUUCUGGAUCUGCAUGCCCUGGCUUCUGCCCAGGCCGACGCCCAUCUCUGUGACUUCCUGGAGGGCCACUUCCUAGGCCAGGAGGUGAAGCUCCUCAAGGAGAUGGGCGAUCACCUGACUAACCUCCGCAGGCUGGCCUGCCCCCCGGUUGGGCUGGGCGAGUAUCUCUUCGAAAGGCUCACCCUCAAGCAUGCCUGGCAGCCUCUGGAGCCCAGCGGCCUUUGAGGGCCCCCCUCUGUGCCAGGGCCUCUGUUUGUUUUGUCCAGCUGCCGCCAGGCAGCUUUUUAACCACCCCGGACCGAAUGGAAACAAUAAAGCUUUUUCCAGGGGGAAAGAAAAA